GCGUGGAGGAUUGCCUGUGCAAAAGGGCAUAACCUUGAGCAAGUCUCAAAGUCCUAUCACACCUGAUGAGAUAAGACGAAUGAAAGGUAUCCCAUAUGCUUCAGCUAUAGGAUCCAUCAUGUAUGCCAUGUUAUGUACUAGACCUGAUGUCUCGUUAGCCUUGAGUUUGACGAGCCGAUAUCAACAGAAUCCAGGUGAAGAGCACUGGAUUGCUGUUAAGAGCAUUCUUAAGUAUCUCUGGAGAACUAAAGAUAUGUUCUUGGUUUACGGUGGUUUGGAAGAAGAGUUGAGUAUUAAAUGUUAUACGGAUGCUAGUUUCCAAACUGAUCGAGAUGACUCUCGAUCCCAAUCUGGUUAUGUCUUUGUCAUGAAUGGCGGGGCAGUUGAUUGGAAAAGCUCAAAGCAGAGCACAGUUGCACAAUCUACAACAGAAGCAGAAUACAUUGCUGCCUCAGAAGCUGCUCAGGAAGCUGUCUGGAUUAGGAAAUUUGUUGCUGAACUUGGGGUAGUACCCAGCAUUAAAUCUCCUAUGGAAAUGUACUGUGAUAAUUUAAGUACUAUUAUACUUGCGAAAGAAUCACGUGUACGUAAAGGUAGUCGACACAUUCUUCGAAAGUUUGACUACAUUCGUGAAGUCAUUGAGAGGAAUGAGAUUAAUAUUCUUAAGGUUCACACAGAUGAUAAUGUGGCUGACUCGUUCACGAAGCCAAUGACACACAAUAAGCAUGAUGAUCAUGCUAGUAGUAUUGGACUUCGCUAUGCUACUGAUCUUUUACAAUUGUGA